GUCGAUAUAUUUAUUUAUUUAAAAAACAUAAUAUCAGUCAAUUAUUAGUGUACGAAUCAACAAUUAGAAGUUCAAUUAUGAUAAUUACGAUAUAAAAUGAUAUGGAUAUGCAGAAAAAAAGUAAAAAAAUAUAAGUGCUCAUAUACGUGGAAAUAUAUGAUUGGAAUGAAUUUAUUGAAUAAUAUAGGUUAAUUAUUAACAAUUAUAGUGCUAGCUAUUCCUCCGGAGUAAUUGUACGGAGUAAUUAUUUUUCUGGUCAGAUGUGAGGUUUCGUUGAAUGUCAUUAGUGGUCGUUCCAACAAAUUCGUAGUUCGGCCAAUACAUAGAAAAUACUAAAUUAAAAUAGAGAAUUAUAAAUCAUGGGUGAUACAUGCGUGAUAACAAAGCUCCCUCAUCAUGUGCAACAAAAGCUGUGUCAUACACGAGCACCUUAUAGGCAAGGGAAAAGAUUGACAUCCGUGAAGGUAGCAUUGUGGACUUGUAUCCUAUCCAACAUAAAACGCCUGCAUUAUUAAUUAUUGAAUAGUUUAUACUAUUAACGACGAAUCAAAACAUUUGAUGAUAUGCGGAGUACCAAAGCUUCAAUUAGGCGAGGAAGUAAAGAAACUCGUCGAUCCUUACGGAGACGUAAAGAAGAUUCAUGUAGCUCCUGAUUAUCCCACAGAAGAAUUUACAGAAGCUUAUUACAUACAAUAUGCUCGUAUACAGAGUGCAAGAAUAGCAAAACGCUUUAUCGAUGGUAAAAAUUUUUACGGGGGCCUGCUACAUGUUUUUUACGUACCAGAAUUGGAAUCUGUAGCAGAAACUAAAGCUAAACUUGUACAACGAUGUCGAGAGGUUGCUAUACGCAUAAAGAGAAAUCAACAAGACUCCGUAAAUCCGAAUACUGAUAAAUUUAUUCCUAAAGAGCAAUAUCAUAGAAAAAAGAGAACACCAGCUUUACCACUUACAGAAGAGCGUCUAAUUAAACAUUAUCCUGGAGAAACAUUGUUUUCUAUAUAUAAUGGUAUACCACAAAAUAUAGAUCCAAGGCCUGUGUCUGAACCAAGUUUACCUUCGACUUCGUAUAGUCAUCAGGAAAAUGAUUCAACCACUGCAUUACCUCAAGCUCCGUAUCAUCCAAACGAAGCUAUCAUUAGAACAACCGAAGUUAAAGAAGGUGUAUCAAAAUUUGAUCGUCGAAAAGCCAAAAGAAAAAAUUAUAAAGGACAAUCUGCGGACGGCAACGUAAAAGUCAGAGUUGUCAGGCCUGAAAUUGUAGACACCAGCACUAUAGUAAAAUGGGAUAUUUCGAAAAAGAAUUUGUUCAGUAAUCCUAAAAAAGUUCAAAGUAAUAUAACUAUAAAAUUAAUACCACAACGUGAUAACGAGAAGAAAAGAAUCGUGAUAAAAGACCCAAGCGUGUCGCAAUUGGUACAACCAAGUAAGAAUCUCCAAAUUUCAAUUCAGGAAGCCAAGUCUCAGAUACGAGCAGCUAUGCAAACGCAUACCGCGGAAAAUCCAUCGUAAUAAAGUCAAGAGAUAAUUAUUUGACUAAGAAA